GGAGAACACGAGUUUUUAGCCCCCUCUUCAUUGCCCAUUGAUACGCUUCAUGCGCAUAGCCGCCCAUGGAGGGUCUGAAGAUGUGCAGACAUCUCUAUCUCUUCGUGGCUAUUCAAACAGUUUUCCUUGGGAGAUUCAAUACUUAUUUGACGGAGAAAGAUAAGGUGAAAACGCUCAGAAGACUUGAGUUUAAACCCUAUAAUCAUCUGCGUAUCAGGAACAAAGGAAUAGAAACGUAUAACGAUUCCGAAAAGUUAAAUAAUUACAAUUGA